GGGGGGGGCUUUUGUGCUCUUUCAAGGACCGAAGUAGCAGCUGGGAGGCAAAGCAGAUGACAAUAAGAGCACUCUGGACAACUGAGAAUAAGAAGCAAUGUUGAAAGAAAAUCGACCCAGAAAUCAAAAUAUUUUCCAUUUUCUUUAGAAAGCCACACCAUUCUCCUUCUCCAGCAGCUGAUAGACAAAAAGAGAGAAAAUUAAGAAAGAUUUCAAGCUGGAAUAAGUAGAGCAUAUGGAACUCAAGGAUACAUUACAUGAAAAGUCAAGGGAGAUUAUUCUUUAUUCAGUAAAAGAGGGAAAUAUCUGGAAGUCACUGGUUAGGAAAAAGUCACUUGGAGAGCCACGUAGUGCAGACAGUGAUGCAAGCCAUGCUCUGGGAGGAAAAAACCAGCUUUAAUUUAAAAAAAAACAUUAAAAAGGGAUCACACAUGUUUUUGACAUCCUCAAGGAUAUAAGUGGUGGAGAAGCUCCAUAGAUGUGCUUAUUGUGGGAAAGAUACAACUUGCUAAUCACAGCUGAUUACGUAUGGAAGGAUCCAUAUAGGAGAGAAUCCAUAAAAGUUCUCCCAAUGUGGUAAAUACUCUAUUGAGCAUGGCAAUAUGGUGAUACAUCAGAGGACUGACACCACGUAUGAGUGUCCAGAAUAUGUGAAAGUUUCAUUGAAAAUUCUCACCUCUUGAGACAACAGGACUCACACAGGAGAGAAACACUUUGAAUGUGUUGAUUAUGGGAAACGUUUCACUGGAAAUUCCUACUUUGGGAGACACCAGAGGACUCACAUUGGAGAGAAAUCCUUCCAAUAUCCCAAUUGUGGGAAACGUUUCAUUAAAAAUUCCAACCUUGUGAAACAUCAGAGGAUUCACAAAGGAGAGAAACCCUUUGAAUGUCCUGAUUGUGGGAAUAGUUUCAGCGAGAAUUCCCACCUAGUGAUACAUCGGAGGACUUGCACAAGAGAGAAUCGUUUUGAAUGUCCUGAUUGUGGUAAAGGUUUCAGUGACAGUUCCAGCCUGGUAAAACACCAGAGGACUCACACAGAAGAGAAACUCUUUGAAAGUUCUUAAUGUGGGAAAAGUUACAUUAACAUUUCUAGCCUGGUGAGACACCAGAGGACAUGCACAGGAGAGAAACCCUUUGAAUGUCCUGAUUGCAAAAAAUGUUUCAGUCACAAUUCCAGUCUGGUGAUACAAGAGAGGACUCACACAGGAGAGAGAAACCUUUUGAAUAUGUUGGCUGUAGGGAACAUUUCAUUAGAAAUGCCUACUUUGUGAGACACCAGAGGACUCACACAGGAGAGAAACCCUUUGAAUGUCCUGAUUGUGGUAAAGGUUUCAGUAACAAUUCCAGCCUGGUAACACAUCAGAGAACUCACACAGGAGAGAAACCCUUUGAAUGUCUUGAUUGUGGAAAAAGUUUCAGUAACAAUUCCAGCCUGGUGAGACACCAGAGGACUCAAACAGGAGAGAAACCUUUUGAAUGUGUUGAUUGCGGGAAAUGUUUCUUUAGAAAUUCCCACUUUUUGAGACACCAGAGGACUCAUACAGGAGAGAAACCCUUUGAAUGUCCUGAUUGUGGCAAAGCUUUCAGUAACAAUUCCAGCCUGGUAGCACACCAGAAGACUCACAUAGGAGAGAAUCCUUUUGAAUGUCCUGAUUGUCGUAAAGGUUUCAGUAACAAUUCCAGCCUGGUGAUACACCAGAGGACUCAUACAGGAGAGAAACCUUUUGAAUGUCCUUAUUGUGGUAAAAGUUUCAGUAACAAUUCUGGCCUGGCGAGACACCAGAGGACUCACACAGGAGAGAAACCCUUUGAAUGUCCUGAUUGCGGUAGAAGUUUCAGUAACAAUUCCAGCCUUGUGAGACACCAGAGGACUCACACAGGAGAGAAACCUUUUGAAUGUCCUCAUUGUGGUAAAGGUUUCAGUAACAGUUCCAGCCUUGUGACACACCAGAGGACUCACACAGGAGAGAAACCCUUUGAAUGUCCUUAUUGUGGUAAAGGUUUCAGUGACAGUUCCAGCCUGGUGAAACACCAGAGGACUCACACAGGAGAGAAACCUUUUGAAUGUCCUUAUUGUGGUAACUGUUUCAGUAACAGUUCCAGCCUGGUGACACACCAGAGGACUCACACAGGAGAGAAACCCUUUGAAUGUCCUUAUUGUAGUAAAGGUUUUAGUAACAAUUCCAGCCUGGUAACACACAAAAGGACUCACACAGGAGAGAAACCUUUUGAAUGUCCUGAUUGUGGGAAAAAUUUCAUAAGUAAUUCCCAUUUCAUGAGACACCAGAGGACUCACACAGGAGAGAAACCCUUUGAAUGUCCUGUUUGUGGUAAAGAUUUCAGUAACAGUUCCAGUCUGGUGACACAUCAGAGGACUCACACAGGAGAGAAACCCUUUGAAUGUUGUGAUUGUGAUAAAAGUUUCAGUAAUAAUUCCAGCCUGGUGAAACACCAGAGGACUCACACAGGAGAGAAACCCUUUGAAUGUACUGAUUGUGGUAAAAGUUUCAGUAACAAUUCCAGCCUAGUGAGACACCAGAGGACUCACACAGGAGAGAAACCCUUUGAAUGUACUGAUUGUGAAAAAAGUUUUAGUCACAAUUCCAGUCUGGUGAUACACCAGAGGACUCACUCAGGAGAGAAACCCUUUGAAUGUGUUGAUUGUGGGAAAGGCUUCAUUAGAAAUUCCCACUUUGUUAGACACCAGAGAACUCACACAGGAGAGAAACCCUUUGAAUGUCCUGAUUGUGGUAAAGGUUUCAGUCAGAAUUCCACCCUGGUAACACACCAGAGGACUCACACAGGAGAGAAACCCUUUGAAUGUCUUGAUUGUAGUAAAGGUUUCAGUCAGAAUUCCACCCUGGUAACACACCAGAGGACUCACACAGGAGAGAAACCCUUUGAAUGUCCAGAUUGUGGUAAACGUUUCAGUCAGAAUUCCAGCCUGGUAACACACCAGGGGACUCACACAGGAGAGAAACCCUUUGAAUGUCCUGAUUGUGGUAAAGGUUUCAGUUUAAAUUCCACCCUGGUAACACACCAGAGGAUUCACACAGGAGAGAAACCAUUUGAAUGUUCUUAUUGUGGUAAAGGUUUCAGUCAGAAUUCCACCCUGAUAACACACCAGAGGACUCACACAGGAGAGAAACCCUUUGAAUGUCCUGAUUGUGGUAAAGGUUUCAGUACCAAUUCCAACCUGGUAACACACCAGAGGACUCACACAGGAGAGAAACCCUUUGAAUGUCCUGAUUGUGGUAAAGGUUUGAGGACCAGUUCCAACCUGGUAACACACCAGAGGACUCACACAGGAGAGAAACCCUUUGAAUGUCCUGAUUGUGGUAACGGUUUCAGUGACAAUUCCACCCUGGUAUCACACCAAAGGAUUCACACAGGAGAGAAACCAUUUGAAUGUUCUUAUUGUGGUAAACGUUUCAGUCAGAAUUCCACCCUGGUAACACACCAGAGGACUCACACAGGAGAGAAACCCUUUGAAUGUCCAGAUUGUGGUAAAAGUUUCACUACCAAUUCCAGCCUGGUAACACACCAGAGGACUCACACAGGAGAGAAACCCUUUGAAUGUCCUGAUUGUGGUAAAGGUUUCAGUUUAAAUUCCACCCUGGUAACACACCAGAGGAUUCACACAGGAGAGAAACCCUUUGAAUGUUCUUAUUGUGGUAAAGGUUUUAGUCAGAAUUCCACCCUGGUAACACACCAGAGGACUCACACAGGAGAGAAGCCCUUUGAAUGUCCAGAUUGUGGUAAAGGUUUCAGUACCAAUUCCAGCCUGGUAACACACCAGAGGACUCACACAGGAGAGAAACCCUUUGAAUGUCCUGAUUGUGGUAAAGGUUUGAGGACCAGUUCCAACCUGGUAACACACCAGAGGACUCACACAGGAGAGAAACCCUUUGAAUGUCCUGAUUGUGGUAACGGUUUCAGUGACAAUUCCACCCUGGUAUCACACCAAAGGAUUCACACAGGAGAGAAACCAUUUGAAUGUUCUUAUUGUGGUAAACGUUUCAGUCAGAAUUCCACCCUGGUAACACACCAGAGGACUCACACAGGAGAGAAACCCUUUGAAUGUCCUGAUUGUGGUAAAGGUUUCAGUACCAAUUCCAACCUGGUAAAACACCAGAGGAUUCAUACAGGAGAGAAACCAUUUGAAUGUUCUUAUUGUGGUAAAGGUUUCAGUCAGAAUUCCAUCCUGGUAACACACCAGAGGAUUCACACAGGAGAGAAACCCUUUAAAUGUUCUUAUUGUGGUAAAGGUUUCAGUCAGAAUUCCAACCUGGUAACACACCAGAGGAUUCACACAGGAGAGAAACCAUUUGAAUGUUCUUAUUGUGGUAAAGGUUUCAUUACCAGGUGUCCCCUGCUCCAACAACAGAGGACUCACACAGGAGAGAAACCCUUUGAAUGUCCUGAUUGUGGUAAAGGUUUUAGUGACAAUUCCAGCCUGGUAACACACCAGAUGUCUCACACAGGAGAGAAACCCUUUGAAUGUCCUGAUUGUGGUAAGGGUUUCAGCAACAAAUGCAACCUAGUGAGACACCAGAGGACUCACACAGGCGAGAAACCCUUUGAAUGUCCUUAUUGUGGUAAAGGUUUAAGUGACAAUUCCAGCCUGGUAACACACCAGAGGACUCACACAGGAGAGAAACCCUUUGAAUGUCCUGAUUGUGGUAAAGGUUUCAGUACCAAUUUCAGCCUGGUAACACACCAGAGGAUUCACACAGGAGAGAAACCCUUUGAAUGUCCUUAUUGUGGUAAAGGUUUCAGGGACAAUUCCAGCCUGGUAAAACACCAGAGGACUCACACAGGAGAGAAACCCUUUGAAUGUCCUUAUUGUGUUAAAAGUUUCAGUACCAAUUCCAGCCUGGUGAGACACCAGAGGACUCACACAGGUGAGAAACCCUUUGAAUGUCCUUAUUGUGGUAAAGGUUUCCGUGACAAUUACAACCUGGUAACACACCAGAGGAUUCACACAGGAGAGAAACCCUUUGAAUGUCCUGAUUGUGGUAAAGAUUUCAGUGACAAUUCCAGCCUGGUAACACACCAGAGGAUUCACACAGGAGAGAAACCCUUUGAAUGUCCUGAUUGUGGUAAAGGUUUCAGUACCAAUUCCAGCCUGGUGAGACACCAGAGGACUCACACAGGAGAGAAACCCUUUGAAUGUCCUGAUUGUGGUAAAGGUUUCAGUUUAAAUUCCACCCUGGUAACACACCAGAGGAUUCACACAGGAGAGAAACCAUUUGAAUGUUCUUAUUGUGGUAAAGGUUUUAGUGACAAUUCCAGCAUGGUAACACACCAGAGGACUCACACAGGAGAGAAACCCUUUGAAUGUCCUGAUUGUGGUAAGGGUUUCAGCAACAAAUGCAACCUAGUGAGACACCAGAGGACUCACACAGGAGAGAAACCCUUUGAAUGUCCUUAUUGUGGUAAAGGUUUAAGUGACAAUUCCAGCCUGGUAACACACCAGAGGACUCACACAGGAGAGAAACCCUUUGAAUGUCCUGAUUGUGGUAAAGGUUUCAGUGACAAUUCCACCCUGGUAAGACACCAGAGGAUUCACACAGGAGAGAAACCCUUUGAAUGUUCUUAUUGUGGUAAAGGUUUCAGUCAGAAUUCCACCCUGGUAACACACCAGAGGACUCACACAGCAGAGAAACCCUUUGAAUGUCCUGAUUGUGGUAAAGGUUUCAGUUUAAAUUCCACCCUGGUGAGACACCAGAGGACUCACACAGGCGAGAAACCCUUUGAAUGUCCUGAUUGUGGUAAAGGUUUCAGUACCAAUUCCAGCCUGGUGAGACACCAGAGGACUCACACAGGAGAGAAACCCUUUGAAUGUCCUUAUUGUGGUAAAGGUUUCAGUGACAAUUCCAGCCUGGUAACACACCAGAGGACUCACACAGGAGAGAAACCCUUUGAAUGUCCUGAUUGUGGUAAAGGUUUCAGUGACAAUUCCACCCUGGUAAGACACCAGAGGAUUCACACAGGAGAGAAACCCUUUGAAUGUUCUUAUUGUGGUAAAGGUUUCAGUCAGAAUUCCACCCUGGUAACACACCAGAGGACUCACACAGCAGAGAAACCCUUUGAAUGUCCUGAUUGUGGUAAAGGUUUCCGUGACUAUUACAACCUGGUAACACACCAGAGGAUUCACAUAGGAGAGAAACCCUUUGAAUGUUCUGAUUGUGGUAAAGAUUUCAGUGACAAUUCCAGCCUGGUAACACACCAGAGGAUUCACACAGGAGAGAAACCCUUUGAAUGUCCUGAUUGUGGUAAAGGUUUCAGUACCAAUUCCAGCCUGGUGAGACACCAGAGGACUCACACAGGAGAGAAACUCUUUGAAUGUCCUUAUUGUGGUAAAGGUUUCAGUAACAAUUCCAGCCUGGUAACACACCAGAGGACUCACACAGGAGAGAAACCCUUUGAAUGUCCUGAUUGUGGUAAAGGUUUCAGUACCAAUUCCAGCCUGGUGAGACACCAGAGGACUCACACAGGAGAGAAACCCUUUGAAUGUCCUGAUUGUGGUAAAGGUUUCAGUGACAAUUCCACCCUGGUAACACACCAGAGGACUCACACAGGAGAGAAACCCUUUGAAUGCCAUUGUGGUAAAGGUUUCAGUGACAAUUCCAGCCUGGUAACACACCAGAGGACUCACACAGGAGAGAAACCCUUUGAAUGUCCUGAUUGUGGUAAAGGUUUCAGUCAGAAUUCCACCCUGGUAACACACCAGAGGACUCACACAGGAGAGAAACCCUUUGAAUGUCCUGAUUGUGGUAAAGGUUUCAGUGACAAUUCCACCCUGGUAACACACCAGAGGACUCACACAGGAGAGAAACCCUUUGAAUGUCCUGAUUGUGGUAAAGGUUUCAGUGACAAUUCCACCCUGGUACACCAGAGGAUUCACACAGGAGAGAAACCAUUUGAAUGUUCUUAUUGUGGUAAAGGUUUCAGUCAGAAUUCCACCCUGGUAACACACCAGAGGACUCACACAGGAGAGAAACCCUUUGAAUGUCCUGAUUGUGGUAAAGGUUUCAGUGACAAUUCCACCCUGGUAAGACACCAGAGGAUUCACACAGGAGAGAAACCAUUUGAAUGUUCUUAUUGUGGUAAAGGUUUCAGUCAGAAUUCCACCCUGGUAACACACCAGAGGACUCACACAGGAGAGAAACCCUUUGAAUGUCCUGAUUGUGGUAAAGGUUUCAGUAGGAAUUCCACCCUGGUAACACACCAGAGGAUUCACACAGGAGAGAAACUAUUUGAAUGUUCUUAUUGUGGUAAAGGUUUCAGUGACAAUUCCAGCCUGGUAACACACCAGAGGACUCACACAGGAGAGAAACCCUUUGAAUGUCCUGAUUGUGGUAAAGGUUUCAGUGACAAUUCCACCCUGGUAAGACACCAGAGGAUUCACACAGGAGAGAAACCAUUUGAAUGUUCUUAUUUUGGUAAAGGUUUCAGUCAGAAUUCCACCCUGGUAACACACCAGAGGAUUCACACAGGAGAGAAACCCUUUGAAUGUCCUGAUUGUGGUAAAGGUUUCCGUGACUAUUACAACCUGGUAACACACCAGAGGAUUCACAUAGGAGAGAAACCCUUUGAAUGUUCUGAUUGUGGUAAAGAUUUCAGUGACAAUUCCAGCCUGGUAACACACCAGAGGAUUCACACAGGAGAGAAACCCUUUGAAUGUCCUGAUUGUGGUAAAGGUUUCAGUACCAAUUCCAGCCUGGUGAGACACCAGAGGACUCACACAGGAGAGAAACUCUUUGAAUGUCCUUAUUGUGGUAAAGGUUUCAGUAACAAUUCCAGCCUGGUAACACACCAGAGGACUCACACAGGAGAGAAACCCUUUGAAUGUCCUGAUUGUGGUAAAGGUUUCAGUACCAAUUCCAGCCUGGUGAGACACCAGAGGACUCACACAGGAGAGAAACUCUUUGAAUGUCCUUAUUGUGGUAAAGGUUUCAGAGACAAUUCCACCCUGGUAACACACCAGAGGACUCACACAGGAGAGAAACCCUUUGAAUGUCCAGAUUGUGGUAAAGGUUUCAGUGACAAUUCCAGCCUGGUAACACACCAGAGGACUCACACAGGAGAGAAACCCUUUGAAUGUCCUGAUUGUGGUAAAGGUUUCAGUCAGAAUUCCACCCUGGUAACACACCAGAGGACUCACACAGGAGAGAAACCCUUUGAAUGUCCUGAUUGUGGUAAAGGUUUCAGUCAGAAUUCCACCCUGGUAACACACCAGAGGACUCACACAGGAGAGAAACCCUUUGAAUGUCCUGAUUGUGGUAAAGGUUUCAGUGACAAUUCCACCCUGGUAACACACCAGAGGAUUCACACAGGAGAGAAACCAUUUGAAUGUUCUUAUUGUGGUAAAGGUUUCAGUCAGAAUUCCACCCUGGUAACACACCAGAGGACUCACACAGGAGAGAAACCAUUUGAAUGUCCUGAUUGUGGUAAAGGUUUCAGUUUAAAUUCCACCCUGGUAACACACCAGAGGAUUCACACAGGAGAGAAACCAUUUGAAUGUUCUUAUUGUGGUAAAGGUUUCAGUCAGAAUUCCACCCUGGUAACACACCAGAGGACUCACACAGGAGAGAAACCCUUUGAAUGUCCUGAUUGUGGUAAAGGUUUUAGUGACAAUUCCAGCCUGGUAACACACCAGAUGUCUCACACAGGAGAGAAACCCUUUGAAUGUCCUGAUUGUGGUAAGGGUUUCAGCAACAAAUACAACUUGGUGAGACACCAGAGGACUCACACAGGAGAGAAACCCUUUGAAUGUCCUUAUUGUGGUAAAGGUUUAAGUGACAAUUCCAGCCUGGUAACACACCAGAGGACUCACACAGGAGAGAAACCAUUUGAAUGUUCUUAUUGUGGUAAACGUUUCAGUCAGAAUUCCACCCUGGUAACACACCAGAGGACUCACACAGGAGAGAAACCCUUUGAAUGUCCUGAUUGUGGUAAAGGUUUCAGUUUAAAUUCCACCCUGGUGAGACACCAGAGGACUCACACAGCAGAGAAACCCUUUGAAUGUCCUGAUUGUGGUAAAGGUUUCCGUGACUAUUACAACCUGGUAACACACCAGAGGAUUCACAUAGGAGAGAAACCCUUUGAAUGUUCUGAUUGUGGUAAAGAUUUCAGUACCAAUUCCAGCCUGGUGAGACACCAGAGGACUCACACAGGAGAGAAACUCUUUGAAUGUCCUUAUUGUGGUAAAGGUUUCAGUAACAAUUCCAGCCUGGUAACACACCAGAGGACUCACACAGGAGAGAAACCCUUUGAAUGUCCUGAUUGUGGUAAAGGUUUCAGUACCAAUUCCAGCCUGGUGAGACACCAGAGGACUCACACAGGAGAGAAACUCUUUGAAUGUCCUGAUUGUGGUAAAGGUUUCAGUGACAAUUCCACCCUGGUAACACACCAGAGGACUCACACAGGAGAGAAACCCUUUGAAUGUCCAGACUGUGGUAAAGGUUUCACUACCAAUUCCAGCCUGGUAACACACCAGAGGACUCACACAGGAGAGAAACCCUUUGAAUGUCCUGAUUGUGGUAAAGGUUUCAGUCAGAAUUCCACCCUGGUAACACACCAGAGCACUCACACAGGAGAGAAACCCUUUGAAUGUCCUGAUUGUGGUAAAGGUUUCAGUGACAAUUCCACCCUGGUAAGACACCAGAGGAUUCACACAGGAGAGAAACCAUUUGAAUGUUCUUAUUGUGGUAAAGGUUUCAGUCAGAAUUCCACCCUGGUAACACACCAGAGGACUCACACAGGAGAGCAAUUCUUUGAAUGUCCUGAUUGUGGUAAAGGUUUCAGUACCAAUUCCAGCCUGGAAACACACCAGAGGACUCACACAGGAGAGAAACCCUUUGAAUGUCCUGAUUGUGGUAAAGGUUUCAGUCAGAAUUCCACCCUGGUAACACACCAGAGGACUCACACAGGAGAGAAACCCUUUGAAUGCCCUGAUUGUGGUAAAGGUUUCCGUGACAAUUACAACCUGGUAACACACCAGAGGAUUCACACAGGAGAGAAACCCUUUGAAUGUCCUGAUUGUGGUAAAGGUUUCAGUACCAAUUCCAGCUUGGUGAGACACCAGAGGACUCACACAGGCGAGAAACCCUUUGAAUGUCCUGAUUGUGGUAAAGGUUUCAGUUUAAAUUCCACCCUGGUAACACACCAGAAGAUUCACACAGGAGAGAACCCAUUUGAAUGUUCUUAUUGUGGUAAAGGUUUCAGUGACAAUUCCAGCCUGGUAACACACCAGAGGACUCACACAGGAGAGAAACCCUUUGAAUGUCCUGAUUGUGGUAAAGGUUUCAGUCAGAAUUCCACCCUGGUAACACACCAGAGGACUCACACAGGAGAGAAACCCUUUGAAUGUCCUGAUUGUGGUAAAGGUUUCAGUCAGAAUUCCACCCUGGUAACACACCAGAGGACUCACACAGGAGAGAAACCCUUUGAAUGUCCUGAUUGUGGUAAAGGUUUCAGUGACAAUUCCACCCUGGUAAGACACCAGAGGAUUCACACAGGAGAGAAACCAUUUGAAUGUUCUUAUUGUGGUAAAGGUUUCAGUCAGAAUUCCACCCUGGUAACACACCAGAGGACUCACACAGGAGAGAAACCCUUUGAAUGCCCUGAUUGUGGUAAAGGUUUCCGUGACAAUUACAACCUGGUAACACACCAGAGGAUUCACACAGGAGAGAAACCCUUUGAAUGUCCUGAUUGUGGUAAAGAUUUCAGUGACAAUUCCAGCCUGGUAACACACCAGAGGAUUCACACAGGAGAGAAACCCUUUGAAUGUCCUGAUUGUGGUAAAGGUUUCAGUACCAAUUCCAGCCUGGUGAGACACCAGAGGACUCACACAGGAGAGAAACUCUUUGAAUGUCCUUAUUGUGGUAAAGGUUUCAGUGACAAUUCCAGCCUGGUAACACACCAGAGGACUCACACAGGAGAGAAACCCUUUGAAUGUCCUGAUUGUGGUAAAGGUUUCAGUCAGAAUUCCACCCUGGUAACACACCAGAGGACUCACACAGGAGAGAAACCCUUUGAAUGUCCUGAUUGUGGUAAAGGUUUCAGUGACAAUUCCACCCUGGUAAGACACCAGAGGACUCACACAGGAGAGAAACUCUUUGAAUGUCCUUAUUGUGGUAAAGGUUUCAGUGACAAUUCCAGCCUGGUAACACACCAGAGGACUCACACAGGAGAGAAACCCUUUGAAUGUCCUGAUUGUGGUAAAGGCUUCAGUGACAAUUCCACCCUGGUAAGACACCAGAGGAUUCACACAGGAGAGAAACCAUUUGAAUGUCCUUAUUGUGGUAAAGGUUUCAGUCAGAAUUCCAGCCUGGUAACACACCAGAGGACUCACACAGGAGAGAAACCCUUUGAAUGUCCUGAUUGUGGUAAAGGUUUCAGUCAGAAUUCCACCCUGGUAACACACCAAAGGACUCACACAGGAGAGAAACCCUUUGAAUGUCCUGAUUGUGGUAAAGGUUUCAGUGACAAUUCCAGCCUGGGAACACACCAGAGGACUCACACAGGAGAGAGACCCUUUGAAUGUCCUGAUUGUGGUAAAGGUUUCAGUGACAAUUCCACCCUGGUAAGACACCAGAGGAUUCACACAGGAGAGAAACCAUUUGAAUGUUCUUAUUGUGGUAAAGGUUUCAGUCAGAAUUCCAGCCUGGUAACACACCGGAGGACUCACACAGGAGAGAAACCCUUUGAAUGUCCUGAUUGUGGUAAAGGUUUCAGUCAGAAUUCCAACCUGGUAAUACACCAGAGGACUCACACAGGAGAGAAACCCUUUGAAUGUCCUGAUUGUGGUAAAGGUUUCAGUAGGAAUUCCAACCUGGUAAAACACCAGAGGACUCACACUGGAGAGAAACCAUUUGAAUGUUCUUAUUGUGGUAAAGGUUUCAGUCAGAAUUCCAACCUGGUAAGACACCAGAGGAUUCACACAGGAGAGAAACCAUUUGAAUGUUCUUAUUGUGGUAAAGGUUUCAGAGACAAUUCCACCCUGGUAACACACCAGAGGACUCACACAGGAGAGAAACCCUUUGAAUGUCCUGAUUGUGGUAAAGGUUUCAGUGACAAUUCCACCCUGGUAAGACACCAGAGGAUUCACACAGGAGAGAAACCAUUUGAAUGUUCUUAUUGUGGUAAAGGUUUCAGUCAGAAUUCCACCCUGGUAACACACCAGAGGACUCACACAGCAGAGAAACCCUUUGAAUGUCCUGAUUGUGGUAAAGGUUUCAGUUUAAAUUCCACCCUGGUGAGACACCAGAGGACUCACACAGGCGAGAAACCCUUUGAAUGUCCUUAUUGUGGUAAAGGCUUCCGUGACAAUUACAACCUGGUAACACACCAGAGGAUUCACACAGGAGAGAAACCCUUUGAAUGUCCUGAUUGUGGUAAAGAUUUCAGUGACAAUUCCAGCCUGGUAACACACCAGAGGAUUCACACAGGAGAGAAACCCUUUGAAUGUCCUGAUUGUGGUAAAGGUUUCAGUACCAAUUCCAGCCUGGUGAGACACCAGAGGACUCACACAGGAGAGAAACUCUUUGAAUGUCCUUAUUGUGGUAAAGGUUUCAGUGACAAUUCCACCCUGGUAACACACCAGAGGACUCACACAGGAGAGAAACCCUUUGAAUGUCCUGAUUGUGGUAAAGGUUUCAGUCAGAAUUCCACCCUGGUAACACACCAGAGCACUCACACAGGAGAGAAACCCUUUGAAUGUCCUGAUUGUGGUAAAGGUUUCAGUGACAAUUCCACCCUGGUAAGACACCAGAGGAUUCACACAGGAGAGAAACCCUUUGAAUGUCCUGAUUGUGGUAAAGGUUUCAGUGACAAUUCCACCCUGGUAAAACACCAGAGGAUUCACACAGGAGAGAAACCAUUUGAAUGUUCUUAUUGUGGUAAAGGUUUCAGUCAGAAUUCCACCCUGGUAACACACCAGAGGACUCACACAGCAGAGAAACCCUUUGAAUGUCCUGAUUGUGGCAAAGGUUUCAGUUUAAAUUCCACCCUGGUAACACACCAGAGGAUUCACACAGGAGAGAAACCCUUUGAAUGUCCUGAUUGUGGUAAAGGUUUCAGUAACAAUUCCAACCUGGUAAAACACCAGAGGACUCACACUGGAGAGAAACCAUUUGAAUGUCCUGAUUGUUAAAAAUGUUUCAGUGACAAUUCCAGCCUGGUAACACACCAGAGGACUCACACAGGAGAGAAACCCUUUGAAUGUCCUGAUUGUGAUAAAGGUUUCAGUACCAAUUCCAGCCUGGUGAGACACCAGAGGACUCACACAGGAGAGAAACCCUUUGAAUGUCCUGAUUGUGGUAAAGGUUUCAGUACCAAUUCCAGCCUGGUGAGACACCAAAGGACUCACACAGGAGAGAAACCCUUUGAAUGUCCUGAUUGUGGUAAAGGUUUCAGUACCAAUUCCAGCCUGGUGAGACACCAGAGGACUCACACAGGAGAGAAACCCUUUGAAUGUCCUGAUUGUGGUAAAGAUUUCAGUGAUAAUUCCAACCUGGUAACACACCAGAGGACUCACACAGGAGAGAAACCUUUUGAAUGUCCUGAUUGUGGUAAAGGUUUCAGUACCAAUUCCAACCUGGUAACACACCAGAGGACUCACACAGGAGAGAAACCCUUUGAAUGUCCUGAUUGUGGUAAAGGUUUGAGUACCAGUUCCAACCUGGUAACACACCAGAGGACUCACACAGAAGAGAAACCCUUUGAAUGUCCUGAUUGUGAAAAAUGUUUCAAUCACAAUUGCAGUCUGCUGAGACACCAGAGGACUCACACAGGAGACAAACCCUUUGAAUGACCUGACUGUGGGAAAAAUUUCAGUCACAAUUCCAGCCUAGUGAAACACCAGAGGACUCACAGGAGAGAAACCCUUUGAAUGUCCUGAUUGGAAAAAGUUUCAUUAGUAAUUCUCACCUCGUGAGAUACCAGAGGACUCACACAGGAGAGAAACCCUUUGAAUGUCCUGAUUGUGAAAAAUGUUUCAAUCACAAUUCCAGCCUGGUGAGGCCCCAGAGGACUUGCACAGGAGAGAAACUAUACGAGUGUCUAGACUGGGAAAGAGUUCAGUGCUAGGCCUAACCCUAUAUAUCACGUGCUUGUACACAUGGGAAAAUCAUUUACGUGCUCUGCAGUGUGGACAGUUCUUCUGGAAACAUUCCACUCUUACCGCACAGAGGAAAAUGCACAUGGAGCCCCGAGUGAUGAGUGUAGAGAAGGCUUGAAUUUCAUUUCUAAUGUCCUAUUGUAAGUCCAGCUGAGAAAUUGACUAAUUUAAGUACAAAGGAUUUGCCAAAUUUCUUGUAAUCAAAUAUGUCAUGGUAUUAGACUGGAAGGAGAAAAUUUAAAAAAUGGAACGUAUUGGUUGUUAAUGGCUGUCUAGCCAUCAGCAGCAGAAGUUACUGGAUAUUUACUUUUGCAGAAAUUCGCAAUUCUGUAAAAAAAACUUUUUGGGAGUGUUCUUUGUAUUUUUAUCAUGAUAGAUGAUAGAAAUGCCAUGUGCGGAGUCCCGGCGCUUUUCUCUCUCUGUGUCCUUGAGAUUUUCAGCCUCAGAAUCCCCCAGCAACAUCUCUUUGGGAUAGCAGCACUCAGACUGGUUGGUGAUUGUGGCUCCUCAUAUAAGGAGAAGGCAAGAGAAGAAGUACAAGGGGGUUCAACAUUCACCUUUUCCUCACUGUUCCAAGAACUCAGUGCAACAAGCAUGUUUGUUCAGAUUGUGUCAGGAAAGAGGCACGCAAGUCCGAGAAACCAUAUGAACAGCAGAUAUAUUGUGGGACUUUUUGGGCAGUGAUAAAAGCAGUGUAAAAUUGGAGAUGUGAAGGCUGUUCUGCCUGGAAGAUGACCUUCCUGGAGAUGAACUAUAGGAAUAUUGAGCUGAGACAUUUUUGAGCACAGAAUCUCCAGGUUUAUUUGCAACUCCUGUUGUGACUUCCUUUGUUUUUAGGGUAAUAAUAAUAAUAAUAAUAAUAAUAAUAAUAAUAAUAAUAGUAAUAAUAAAGUUGGAAGGGACCUUGGAGGUCCCUUGUUAGCCUUGAACAGCUGGUGGGUGAGAGCAUACCAAGAGGAUAAUGCCCCCCCCCUUGGUGGGGAGAUGUGAGAAAAAGAUUUUACGGUAGAUGAUGUCUCAUUUCUAAAACAGCCUUGCGCUAGAACAGUGGUUCUCAACCUUUUUAAUGCCACGACCCCCAACCGGUUGUAAGUCGAGGACUACUCAACCGGUCGUAAGUCGAGGACUACUCAACUGGUGCAGCAUCGUUUGCAAAAUGGGACU